AUGGUCGCUGCCAAGGAAAGUGAGCCGGCCAACGUCGUCAUGACGCCUGGCGUCGCCGGCCGGUCGCCCAACGCCGCCGAGUACACGGACGCCGACGACGAGAUCCGCCUCGAAGAAGAAGACAAGACGUUUGCGAACCUGCCGUGGUACAUGAAGCUGCUCUGGGGCACCUUUUACUUUGUCCUGGCCAUGAGCUCGCUCUACUUUUUCAUGGUCGCCGUCAAGUGGAUCGGCGAGUCGUUCUCGCUCCUCCUCGGCUGCGAGGCCAAGUCGGCGUUUGCGUUCGCCGACAACCCGAUCGCGGGCCUCAUGGUCGGCGUCGUCUCGACCGCCAUUCUGCACUCGUCCGGCACGGUCACGUCCAUCACGGUCGCCCUCGUGGGUGCCAAGGGCCUCACGGUGCGCCAGGGCGUCCCGAUCAUCAUGGGCGCCAACGUCGGCACGUGCGUGACGUGCAUCAUGGUGGCGUUCGCGCAGAUGGGCAAGCGCGACCAGUUUGAGCGCGCGAUGGCGGCCGCGACCGUCCACGACAUGUACAACAUCUGGUCGGUCAUUGUCCUCUUCCCGAUCGAGCUGCUCUUCCACCCGCUUGAGCUCCUCUCCAUGUCCAUGUCGGGCGGCAAAGCCAACGCGUACUUUGAGUCGCCCGUCGAUCUCAUUGUCAACCCGCUCUCGCAGCAGCUCAUCCGUGUCGACAAGAGCAUGAUUGAAAAGGUCUCGCUCGGCAAGGUGUCGUGCGAGAAGGCCAAGUUUCUCAAGGGCGGCGCGUUCCUCGACUCGUACAAGUCCGGCUCGAUGAGCGGCGGCGCCAUCGGUGGCAUCUGCCUCGCGAUCGGCUUUACGCUCCUCGUCCUCUCGCUCGUCUCGCUCGCGCUCGACUUUAACGGCUACGUCAACAUCUUCCUCGGCACGCUCAUCACGUUCUGCGUGCACUCGUCGACGGUGGUCACCUCGACCUUGACGCCGAUGGCCGGCCUCGGGCUCAUCACGCUCGAGCAGGUCUACCCGAUCGUGAUUGGCGCCAACCUCGGCACGACGGUCACGGCGCUGCUCGCGUCGUGGGUCACCGGGUCGCCGGACGCGGUCGCGAUUGCCCUCGUGCACUUUUGGUUCAACAUCUGGGGCAUCUUCCUCUUCUACCCGAUCCCGAUCACGCGCAAGCCGAUUCUCGACUGGGCGCGCCGCCUCGCGUUCUACAGCGCGCGCUGGCCGAUGGUCGCGGGUCUCUUUUUGUUGUUGCUCUUUUUGAUCGUGCCGGGCAUCGCGCUCGCCUUGACGUACCUCUUCAAGGCCGGCACGGUCGGCCUCGUCUUUGGCAUCAUCAUCGUCGCCGGCGUCGUCUUGAGUAUUGCGGGCUUUUACUUUUGGUACCUCAAGAAGGGCGGUCGCGAAGUGUGGCACGCCUUCUUGGAGCGCAAGGGCGAGGCCCACGCCGCCAAGCACGCGCACGCGCACCCGGCGGCCGACAAGCCGCUCGUUUAA